CUAGGUGUAGCCCACCUGACUCCACGGCUGAGACCUCCUGUCUGCCGGGGUGGAGCCCGCCUGACUCCUAACUGCUGGGGUGGAGCCCAGAACUAUGGUUAGGCCUCUACAAAAAGCCCUGCACACACCUGUACCAUUAGUGUGCUGGCUGCUUUCAAACUCUGGACCCAGGAUUGGAGAUUUCAUCCCUCCCAAAUCUCUUAGAAAUCUCCAGGCCACAGGUCCCAAAACAGGCUUUACAAACCAAAGAGGAAACUGAUAAACCAGUUUCCUCUGCAUUACGAGAACUGCCUGGAGCCCCUCAAC